AUGAGGUCGAUCUCAGUGUCAGGUUUUGCUCUGCUGGCAGUGUCUCAAUUCGCCGUUGCGAAAGAGAUCGCGAAUCCUGCCAAACAAUGGAAAUACGAGAGUGGAUUGGUUCACCAAACCAUCAUGGACACGAAGCAUGCUGCUUGGGAUGCCAAGAGAAAAGCUGGUGUUUUUGACUCUAGACAAUAUAAGAGCUUCAGUGCUGAGGCUGGCCCGGUUGCUUGUGUCGACGGUCUCUCUGCAGUCGUUCCUGGAGAUGCCAACAACACCUUCCGCUGCAGUAACAUCGAUUUCUAUGACUUCAAAAGUCACUUUGACCUCGGCAGCGUUGUCGGCGAGGGUGCCGGCAGCUGGGGCUGGUCGAGUCCAGAGGGCAGAGAGUUCAUUGCAAUUGCCCAAAGUGAUGGUACCUCUUUCUCGGAAAUUAGCAGCGAAGGAAAGCUUACGUACCUCGGCCGCCUGCCCCAGUAUACCACGGCAAAGCCGUCUCUCUGGAGGGAGAUCAAAGGCUACAAGAACUACAUCGUAAUUGGUAGCGAGGCUUAUUACCAUGGAGUCCAGAUAUUUGACAUGUCCAAGUUGCUCGACUUAGACCCAGCGAGCCCCAAGGUCUUUACCAACGAGGAAGAUCUCACCGGAUGGUUCAACGAGCUUCCAGUCGGCCGAUCCCACAACGUCGUUGUCAACGAGGAGAGGGGUUAUGCUGUCGCGGUCGGCGCACAGCCCCGGAAUGCCUCUUGCAAGUCGGGGUUAAUCUUCAUUGACUUAACUGAUCCUAGCGCUCCUUUCUCUCCUGGGUGUGCAAGUGGCGACGGCUAUGUUCACGAUGCCCAGUGUCUUGUUUAUCGUGGCCCUGACGAGAAGUACGCCGAGCGCGACAUUUGCUAUGGAUAUAACGAAGACACACUCACUAUUUUCGAUGUCACCGACAAGAACACCACCAACAUCAUUUCGAGAACUACCUAUGAGGGUGCAUCAUUUACCCAUCAAGGCUGGGUACUCGAUACACAAUGGCAGCAGUACCUUGCACUCGACGACGAGUACGAUGAGUAUGACUCGGCUGGUGAGGGAGCUGCUGGGUUCCCCGUCACUUAUUUCUGGGACAUCAGCUCCCUCGAAGCCCCUAAACUCACCGGUAUAUAUCGUAGCACUGUGAAGGGCAUCGACCAUAACCAGUUCGUCAAGGACGGGUUCGCAUAUCAGAGCAACUACGGCACUGGUCUCCGUGUUUUGGACGUUUCUUCUAUCCCUCAAGAUCCUACUGGUGGCAGCGUUAAGGAAGUUGCCUUCUUCGAUAUCUACCCCGAGGAUGACGAGGCAGAAGAUGGUGGCAACGUCGACUUCGAAGGGACUUGGAGCCACUAUCCAUUUUUCAAGAGCGGAUUCAUCGUCAUCAAUACCAUGUCGAGGGGUGCCUUUGUGGUGAAACGAACAGACAUCUAA